AUGCAAUACCGUUUAGAUGCGAGUAUCUUUCUGCUUCAAGAAUUCACAUCGAGCAACAUCGAGUUAGGAAAACAUAGAUAUGGCCGACGGAAAAAAAGUUGUAAAUCAAGUAGAAGAUCAAGAAUUAAGUGAUUUAUUAGACAGUGCUUUGAAAGACUUUAAUAAAGAACAAAAACUAGACAAGGUGGAAAAUGAGAAAAUAGAAUCUGUUGAAUCCACCAAAGAUAAGGAUACCAUUGAGGCAUUAGAUGGUGGUUGGACUACAGACUUCAUUGAAGAAGCUGCUGAUCAUUUUGAGGAGAAUUUACAAAAUUUAAUUAAAAAUGAAAGAGAUUGCGAAUUGGGACCUGAUUUUAAAAAACUAGUGGCUCAAACAUUUGCUAGCGUACUAUCGGAUGAAGAUAAUACUGAUAAAGACAGUGCGAGUACAGACUUUGAAACUGCCAUUGCUCGAGCACUAAAUGAUCUAUCUGCAACAUCUGAAAAUUUACAGAACGAACCCGAUUUGUCUGAAAUGCUUGGUCAAGCAUCUUUGGAUGAUGAACUUGGUGCUAUACUACCACUCAUGCAAGGUAUGUUAGAUCACUUGCUGUCGAAAGGAAUGUUAUAUGCAUCGUUGAAAGAAUUGGUAGAUAAGUACAUGGAAUGGUUGGAAGAGAAAAACGCAACAAUACCAGCCAAUGAUCUACAUAGAUACACUAAACAAUUAGAAUUAAUGCGAAAGGUAUGUGUGGAAUUGGAAAAAGAAAAGGCCGAAGACAAUGAUGAAAUUAAAAGAAAACGCUGCGACACGAUAAUAUCGCUUCUACAAGAAGUACAAGGAUGCGGGCAGUUACCUGAAGAACUUAUCGAUGGUGAAGGUGAUCAUGUUCCAAAGUUACUUCGUGGCCUGGAAUUGCAACAAAAUUGUCGAUUCAUGUAAAUUAAUUUGCAUAAUCAUUUGACAUGGGAGAAAUAUUGAGGUACUGAACGAAUUAGGGGCUUAUAAUACGACGAUAUUCUAAAUAUGUACAUACUACUUGUACGCAUAGUCGACAAGUGGCAAACUAUUCAAUAGAUUUUAUUAUUCCUGAUAAUGAUACUAUAACAGGACGGGUCGUGGCUGUAAAUAAAUAAAAACGCGAUAUAUGUAUUCGUACGUUUUACAAUGCGUAUGUACGUAUAUACGUACAGUGUACAGUAAUAGCUGCUUAAACGCUCGGACCAGUUAGACCCUUAAUAGUUUUCACUUAAUCCGACCAUUGGAACCAGUCAAGCGAGCAAUGGAUCAUAAUUUUGAUUAUUUUUAAUUUAUCAGAAGCGUUAAUGAAAGAAUACGAUGUACCCGUUUUGAUAAAUUAG